AUGCCCGAUUUAGUUAAGGAUAAGGCACCUACAUUCCCCAUAUCUAAAGUAAAGAAGAUUGCCAAAUGUGAUCCGGAAUACAUCAUUACAUCUAACGCAGCUGUAUCGGCGACCGCGUUUGCAGCAGAAUUGUUUGUACAGAACCUUGUUGAAGAAUCGCUGGUGUUAGCACAAUUAAAUUCGAAGGGCAAGACAAGCCUACGACUAAGUUUAAAUUCUAUCGAAGAAUGUGUAGAAAAAAAAGAAAAUUUCAGAUUCUUGGAGGACGUUAUUAAACAAUUGAAGAAAAAUAGCUCUCUCAACAAGAUGAGAGAACUUGGAAAGCAACCGGGAUCAGAUAAUCAGCAAGCCGAUGAAGAAGAGCCACAGCUGCAUCAAGACGAUGAUGAAAGCGAAGACGAAGGCGCAGAAGAUGAUGAAGAAGACGAUGGAUCUGAACAAGAGGAACCUGCGCACCAGGAAGAACUCAUAGAUGAUCGUGAAAUCGACGAAGAUGAUAAGCCUCCGCGUAGUGUGGCAACUUUACUGUCGAGGUUUCAAUACAAAUCAACGCUGGAUGCAGGUGAGCGAUCAGAUUCUUCUGAUCAUGAAACAGAUGAGGGGAAGAACAAAUAUACUUAG